UGUAGGAAGUGAAAUCUAGCGCGCCCACUGGAAAAUAUUUAUCUAUAAUAAAUUGUGUGAAACUCUAGAAAAAUGACAAACAUAUAGCCUAAAUGGUACUUCAGCAAACAAAUAAGUUAACCGAUCUGCGCAAAGUUCUUAAAUAUAUAAAUCAGCUAAAGUGAAUCUAACUGGUGACUGACAUUCAGGCGAAUAAAAAAUUAAAAAAAAAAUAAGUGCGAGUACAAAAGAACAUCAGCGAAGCUGACAUCAGCAGACUCCAGCUCAUCAAUGCCACUACUUGUGCACACACAAAAUAAGACAAAUACAACAACAAGCAAACAAUUGGCAUAAAUUACAAAAAUAAACAAAAUUUAUAGCAAAGCAAUAAGCGAGACGCUGCUGUCGUUAACAUGCUGCGAACUGCUGAUGCAUAUUUAAAUUACUAACGCGGGCAAUUAAAAGCAGAACAACUGCGUUGAGCGGAAGACGGCGACAGCCAAUCAACGGCAAACGGCGGAAAGUGUCGAAGCCAGUAGCAACAGUAACUUAGCCAUUUGUUGACUGAACAAAUUAGCUUUGGUGAUGUUAAAAAUAUACUUGCACUCUAGAAAAUAACACAAUAUGAACAAAAAAUGUAAAAUAGCUAAAAGCGUAACAAACGCUCAGAAUUAACAGCACCACUUGCCUGUGUAAAUACCAAAACGAUACAAAGUCAAUUGGAUUAAAAUCGUAACAUGCUCUCCAAAUAGCCAAACAAAUAAACGACGCGUGUGCCCAAGAAGAGACCACACGACGACUAAAAUACCAAAAUACCGCUCUCUGCCUUUUAUUAUACAAUAUUGAAUUUAAAUCAACGCUCUCUGCCUCCAGCUCUCUAUUUUUGGUAUUUUCGUGUUAUUUUUUUCUACGCGCAGCUUGUUGUUGCUGCUUACAUAUAAUACAUAUAUAUUUUGUGCGUUCUGUGCGAAUGCACUAACACACUGCCAUGGUGGCCGAUAGCGAAUUACAGCUACGCGAUUUCGAUGGCGAAACCGAAGACUCUGACUCCGAGACUGAAUUGCUCAUACGCCACAGUGGACGUGGUGGUGGUGCGCGCCAACAAGCGAAACGCGGCAGCAUUGCCACCUCACGCUACUAUCUCCAUGAUUACUCAACAGCACAGCCGAUGGCAGCGGCGGUGGCGUCGUCGUCAUCAUCGUCGUUGUCGGCUACCAACAUAGCGACGGGCUUCCUUAGCAAUUUGUUUGGCAACACAACGAACAGUCUUGGCCGCGCUGCCGGGCAAGUACGUCUCAGAAAUGAACGUAGUCGCGAGCGCGAUAAAUACGCUGCCUCGAGUGCAAGAACGCAACAAUUACACGAGCAACAACAACAACAACAGAAACAGCAACAGCAAUAUCAGAAACAACAAGCCAGAACAACGGCAUUUAGUUUUGGCGGUUUCAAUACGGGAUUGGGUACGUCUGCGAAACUGGCGAAAUUGGCGCAGACAACGCAAACGUCGUAUCGCGGUAGUGGCGGUGCGACGAGCGGUAGCGGUAAUGUGGCGGCACCACACGGUGUCACCGAGUCUGUAGCGCUCGGUGUACGUAGUAGCCAAAGUGGUGGCGCACACAAACGUUAUGAUGCGGCGGGCGCCACAAACGCGGCGAGUGAAAGUGCCAGCGGGGGUGGCGGUAUGGGUGGUAGCGCGGGUGUUGUGCUACAACAGACAGUAUUGGAUGCUGAGAACGGUUCGACGACCGUCUAUUACCAGAAGAAUCGACGACGCAGUAAACGCAGAUCGUUGGCGAAUCUUUGCAAAAUGUGCCUGUGCGGUUGUUGGCGCAAAUGGUUCUCACCACGCGAACUACGCGCUCGCACCGUCCAUUUGGGUCGUGCGACAACAGAAAAAUUCCCACCGAACGAGAUACGCAAUCAGAAAUACAAUGUGAUCACGUUCCUGCCGCUCGUACUAUUCGAGCAAUUCCGUUUCUUUCUAAAUCUCUAUUUCCUACUCAUGGCAUUGUCACAAUUUAUACCCGACAUACGUAUCGGUUAUCCGUACACCUAUUGGGGACCGCUUAGUUUUGUGCUGAUGGUGACAAUCGGACGUGAGGCAGUCGACGAUUUGCGACGACAUCAACGUGAUCAUGAGGUGAACUCACAGAAAUACAAGAGGCUAACCGUGAAUGAGACACCAGGCUAUGAGAUGGUGCCGUCAUCGAAACUGAAAGUGGGCGAUAUGAUUAUUGUGGAGAAGAACGAACGUGUACCGGCCGAUUUAGUGCUGUUGCGCACCAGCGAUAAGAGUGGCUCCGUUUUCGUGCGCACCGAUCAAUUGGAUGGUGAAACUGAUUGGAAACUACGCUUAGCAGUGCCGCUUACACAGAAGUUGAACAAGGAUGCCGAUUUGUUUAAUAUUGAUGCCAGUGUUUAUAUUGAGAAGCCUCAAAAUGAUAUACACUCUUUCAUAGGCACAUUUUCGAUGCACGAUGGUGGCGAUGAAACUGGUCUAAAUGUGGAGAAUACAUUGUGGGCGAAUACGGUGGUCGCUGCCGGCACCGCCACUGGCAUUGUCAUCUAUACAGGCUGUGAAACGCGUAGCGUAAUGAAUAACUCACAGCCACGUUCUAAAGUUGGUUUACUCGAUGUGGAGAUUAAUGGUUUGACAAAGGUGCUCUUCUGUGCCGUGCUCGGUCUAUCGCUCGUCAUGAUGAUGCUUAAAGGUUUCAGCGGUCCCUGGUAUCGUUACAUGUUCCGUUUUGUACUACUCUUCUCCUACAUCAUACCCAUCAGCUUGCGCGUCAAUUUGGAUAUGGGUAAAGCCUUCUAUUCGUGGCAAAUGCAAAAUGAUCCGGAGAUACAAGGCACCGUCGUACGUUCGACAACCAUACCCGAAGAGCUCGGCCGCAUAUCGUACGUGCUAACGGAUAAAACAGGCACGCUAACGCAAAAUGAAAUGGUUUUCAAAAAGAUACACUUGGGCAUAGUCUCACAUGACAAUGACACAUUUCAUACAAUCGGUCACAUAAUACAGAAUUUAGCGCCCACAAUACUGGCACAAAGUGCACCAGCCGUUGGUGGUGGUGGUGGUGCCUCUGGUAAUAGCGGUGCUGGUGAACAACAACAACCACCGUUAAUUAUAACAAAUAAACCAAUGUAUUCCGGCAAUCGCAUGCGUCACCCGGAGGGUUGGCGUGAAUGGGAGGCGGUUAAGGCGUUGGCGUUAUGUCACAAUGUUACACCGAUCACUGAUGAGGACGAUAACAAGUCGGUGUCGACGUCAUCGACCUACACAUCAUCGGCAGGUGGUUCCACUUCACCUACAAAAUCUGUGAUAAAUGUUGAAUCCAGCGCAUCGGAGCACCAGUAUCAGGCUUCCUCACCCGAUGAGAUUGCGCUCGUCAAGUGGACGGCUGAAGUUGGUUUAACCUUAAUUGCGCGUGACAUUAAUUCGAUGACUUUGCAAAUGAAAACGAGAAAAUCCAAAGGCGAAUCCGCAGAUGGCAUGCUGCAAUUCCAAAUACUCCAGCUGUUCCCCUUCACCAGCGAGAGCAAACGUAUGGGCAUUAUAGUGCGCGAUUCCGGUUCCGGCGAAAUCACUUUCUAUCUCAAAGGCGCCGACGUAGUCAUGACCUCCAUCGUGCAGUACAACGAUUGGUUGAGCGAAGAAUCGGGCAAUAUGGCACGCGAAGGUCUGCGCACCUUGGUCGUGGCCAAGAAAGUGCUCUCCGAGGAGCAAUAUAAUGAUUUUGAGACACGCAUAAGUGCGGCACGUCUCAGUGUGACCGAUCGUGUAGCGAAAGUGGCGGCAGUGAUUGAGUCUUUGGAGCGUGAAAUGGAGUUGCUCUGCUUGACGGGCGUUGAGGAUCGUCUGCAGGAUGGCGUGCGUCCCACACUCGAGCUGUUGCGCAACGCCGGUGUGCGUGUGUGGAUGUUGACGGGUGACAAACUCGAGACCGCCUGCUGCAUUGCCAAAUCAUCACAGUUGAUUGGACGCAAUCAGGGCUUGCAUGUGUUGCGCUCCGUGUCGACUCGCACCGAAGCGCACGCCGAGCUGAAUAACUUCCGGCGCAAGCAAGGACAUGCGCUCGUUAUAUCGGGUGAAUCGCUCGAGGUCUGUCUACAAUAUUAUCGGCCGGAAUUCCUCGAACUUGCCACGGCCAGUCCGGCAGUGGUGUGUUGCCGCUGCAGUCCCACACAGAAGGCGCAAGUGGUGCAACUGAUACAACAUCACACGGGCAAACGUACGUGCGCUGUUGGCGAUGGUGGCAACGACGUGAGCAUGAUACAACAAGCCGAUGCCGGUGUGGGCAUCGAGGGACGUGAAGGACGUCAAGCUUCUCUCGCUGGCGAUUUUAGCGUACCACAAUUCUCGCAUAUUGCCAAACUGCUGCUGGUGCAUGGUCGUCGCUCGUAUAAACGCUCGGCGGCGCUCUCACAAUUCGUCAUACAUCGUGGUUUAAUCAUAACAACACUACAAGCGGUCUUCUCCGCUGUCUUCUAUCUCAGCUCGGUGGCUUUGUAUCAGGGUUUCCUCAUGGUCGGCUACUCAACGUUGUACACCAUGUUUCCCGUUUUCUCUUUGGUGCUGGAUCAAGACAUUACAUCGACUACAGCGGUCACCUACCCAGAGUUGUAUAAGGAUCUAUCCAAGGGUCGUAGUUUAAGCUACAAAACAUUCUUCAUUUGGGUGCUUAUCAGCAUAUACCAGGGCGGUGUGAUUAUGUAUGGUGCGCUCAUACUCUUCGAGGAUGAAUUCAUACAUAUUGUGGCGAUUAGCUUCUCGGCGCUCAUUGUUACCGAGCUGAUAAUGGUGGCGUUGACAGUGCGCACGUGGCAUCGCCUUAUGGUAUUAGCUGAACUCUUCAGUUUGGCCCUCUACUUGAUAUCUUUGGCUGUGUUGCACGAGUAUUUCGAUUGGGAGUUCAUCUGGUCGUAUGAUUUCCUUUGGAAGGUCUCCAUAAUCACACUAGUAUCCUGCUUCCCUUUGUAUAUUAUAAAAUUCUUGCGCAAAAAAUGUUCGCCGCCCUCAUAUUUAAAGUUGUCGUAAAUUGUUGGCGAAGGGAGCGUUAUUUAUUAUUAUUUUUUUUUUAAACACACACACACACACACACAAAAUGUGCAUAUGUAUAUGAUUUUUCAUUUAUAACCCGUGUUUUUUUUUUUUUUUUUUGUUAUUUGCGCAUAAGUAAUCUACGCUUUAAGUUGACACAUGCUGUUAAGUACAUUUCGUUUGCCUUUUAGAUUUUACGAAUAUUUUAUAUUUUAGUAUAUAUAUGUAUAUGAAUGAUAAGCAUUUGAAGAGUCAAAUAAUAAUUUAAAUAUUUAAGCAUAUAAAAAAAUGUCGAUUAGUAAAAAUAAAUAUAAUAAAAAUAAUUAAAAAAAAAUGGUAUUUCGUUUAAUAAGGCGUCACAGUUUACUGUUAUUUUAUUGCUAUAAAUUUUUAUUUAAUUUUUUCAUGUGGAUAUUUGUUAGAAAGUUUUUAAUAGUUGCUUUGUAACAACAACAGUGUUGAAUUGUUAUUUCAAAAAUGCAUUUUUUUGUUUAAAAAUAUUUUAUUAUAAUUAUUUUUUAAUAUAAAUGCUUUUACAUAUUAAACAAGCGUAUUAUUGUUGCAUUGAUUUUAUGUAUAUUUUUACAAAAAACAAAAAAAAAUAUUUUUAACAAUUAAAUAAGUCAGAUACGCUCGUAUUAAAAAAAAAAGUUAUGAAAAAAAACCAGCGAGUGUUAGUAUGAGUCUACUCGCUCCUCUUUAUCGCGCUCACUGUAUGUUUAGAAGAGGCAAAAUAUUGAAAGAUAAAUAUUGAAUGAAAAAUGCAGAACUUGGAAGCUUAUAAAUCAGACUGUGUUGUUAGUUGGUAACUUAUGUACGUCGUAGGUGAUUUUAAACAAAAUAUAAAUAAAUAUUAAUUCAUAAUAUAUAUACAUGCAUACAUAUUUAAUUGAUAUCAAUAAUUAUUGGCAUAACUGUGUAGAUAACGACUGGCAAACAAAUGUGUGUCAACAAUUUUUCAAUAUAAUGUUAAAAUUCUAAUAAAAUAUUGUUAAUUAUAUGCAUUAAUUAGGUUAAUGGCAACAGUGAAGCGUUGGAAAAAAAUUAAUUAAAUAACUGCAGAACAAAGAAAUAAAAGCAAAGUAUGUAUAGUGUGAGAUAGCUAAGAUAGUUGCAAUGAAAUAAAAAAUAAAAAUAAAUUGUAUGCAAAUAAAAAACCUUUUAAUGCAGUAGGCAGUUUAUUAUAAUUUUUUCUCUUUUUCCCCCUCUAAUUCAUAAAAAAAUAUAAUUAUUAUUAUUAUAAAAAAUAGAAAUAUGCAAGGCUAAAUUUCAUUUUCAUAUGUCAAAAUGUUUUUUUAAUGUAAUUAAAAUAAUUUUAUUUUUGACAAUUUUAAAUGUAAAAAAACUACAGAAAGAAAAAAAUUGCAAACAAUUUUGUUAACUAUCCUUUUUUAUUAUCAAAAAAAUUUUGAAAGAAAAAUAUUGAAAUACAGGGUAAACAAAAAGGAGUGAAGACAGUGUUAAAAAUCAAAUAAUAAGUAUAAAAAUUUUCAAACAAAAAAUAGUUUCUCAAAUUUUACUCAGACAUUAAAAAAUAGCAAAUAUCUUAGCUUAAGUGGUUAUAUAGUAUGUAUGUACAUAUGUAUGUUGAAAUCGGUAAAAAAAUCGUAUUUUUUUAUUCCUUAAUCUAAAAGUAUACGUUCUUAAUACCACACACACCUAGUGUAAUGGCCUAAAAAAAAUGUGAUUUUUGGGAAUUUUUAUUCAAAAAAUUACUUUAUCUUUUAAGAAUAUAUUUAUACAUGUUUCAAGAAUAUACAGUGAAAUUUUUGAAGAAAAAAAUUAAAUAUUUUUUAAGUUAUAGUCGAUCUCCAACGGCGCGAAAAAAAGGUCCUUCACUGCUGCAGUGAUUCCGGCCUUCUCCGUGGAUGAAAUCUAAAAAAAAAUUCUCCUUAAACUAGAUAAUAUUGUCUGUACAAUGACCUCCAAAAAAAAAAAUUAAAAAUUGACAAUAUGGCGGCGUUUUAAAAAAAAUAGUCGAAUUUGACCCAAAAUUUUGGUCGUUUUUGGCCUGCCAAAAUUCGAUUUUUUGAUCAGAUCAAAAAUCGAUAGGUCAUUGUACGAAGAACUAUAUAAAGAACAUGUAAAAAAAAUUCGAGAGUGUUCGGAUCAUUUGUUUUUGAGCAAUCACUGCAGCAAAUUCGGAAAAUGCUGUUUCGAGAAAAACGCGUUUAAAGAUAAAAUGAUCGUUUUCAUUGUUACCGAGCGGCUGCUCAUUAAAUUUCUAUAACUCAAGAACUAUUUGAGAUAUCGAUGAAAUUUUAAUAUGUUAUUUUUAAAGGUGUAAUCUACCGAAAUAUGAAACAAAAAAAAGAUUUUUUUUAAAUUUCACACUAGGUGUGCCCCUUAAGAAUGUUAUCUUAAAUUUUUAUAGAGUUUUAAAGUAGAAGUAAAGUUAUAGCGUUUUGCUUCUUGCUCCGCUACACUAGACAAAAGUGUACUUGAAACAAUGAAUGCGUUUAUUUGGAAAUCAUGUUUUUUCGAAAACGCCAUUUGUGGUGACUUGGAUUGCCGAAAGAGUUUUCAACCGAUUUAAAUUUUUUUUCGAAUUGUUCGUAAUAUAUUUGGCGUGUCCUUGAACGAUUUCUUUUUUUUUUCGUUUAAAUUUUCAUAACAAUGUUAUGAGUUUUUCAAUUUCAUCAGAUAAAAAAAGUAGCAGUUUUGAGAAAAUUCUCCAAAUUUUUUUCUCAUUUCAAUGAAUCGUUCAAGGACACCAUAAGUCCCCAUACUUAUAAAUUUUGUUUUUUUUUUUAAGCUUUCAGUUGUGCUGACUGGAGUCGUAGUCACAGCAAGCCUCUUUGAAUAAAACGCGUUUUGUGUAAAAUGUCAUAACAUUGAAAAUUAUUGGUAUUUUUUAUGUCCUUGAGCUGAUUUUACAGAUUAGACAUUGUACUACGCAAGACGUAUACCAAGUAUUCAAAUAAAAUAUGGCUCUGCACCUCUACAGAAAAACAAAAUUUUUCCCAUUUUCUCACAGCUUAACAUAGAUAAAUAACCCCUUAUUUUUUGGUUAUAUGUACAUAUUACCAACAACUUUCAAAAAAUAAUCACAAUUUUAAACUAUUGAAAAAUUACAAAAGCUCGCAUUAUUAUUUUUUUAUUUUUAUUCUUUUAUUAUUAUUAUUUUUAUUUUAAAUAUUAUAUUUUUACUAUUUCCUAUAUUUUUUUCUUACCAAUUUUACGCAUUUUUUGCUAGCUUUUGCAGUUUUCGAGUUAAAGCCACUGCGCCAAUACAAUAAUCAAGCUAAUGCUAAAAUAAUGCAAAAAAAAACAAAUUUACAAAUGAAAAAAAUGAAUAAAAAUUUAAUGAUACAA